CGACCACCGGAAACCCUUGGCGUUGGUGGUCACCUUCCCCCGCCCCCCUCCACCCUUCUCGGCGCUUCUUCCCAUUUAAUUAUUUUUCGCCCGUGGCAGCGAAUCGCGCCAUUUAUUUUCAUUUAUCUCCUUCAACUGCAUGUUUCCGCGUUAAACGCCGUACCUGGAAAGGUUGCAUGCGGCUGGGUGACGUAAUCAGCAUGCGACCAACGCUGCCUGCGUUUGGGGCUUCGGGAGUCUGUGGGUCUGCAGCUGAAGGGUUUGGUUUCAGCCCCCACCAGCCUGAUCAGCGGACACCUCGUGCGGGGAGGGGCUGGCUGGCUGGUCAAUGGACCGGCAGCUGGGCCUGGCUAAAGUGGCCAUGAACAGGUCAAGGCUGCCGGCCGCGGAGGUGUUUGUAGAGAGGCACAAGAUGGAGUCUUUAACUGCGCCAUUGGCUUUGGGGAUUUUGACCGGAGUUGGAUGUGGAUUGUGCCUGGGUUGGAUGGUACGAGGACGAUUUGCCGGAUCCCUAAAAACUCUGCCACAUGUGCGAAACGCAGGGAUGGAGACGAGCACCAUGGGGGAGGGUGGGGAGUACAAAAUGGUUUUGGUAGUCCGUAAUGACCUGAAAAUGGGGAAGGGUAAAGUAGCGGCUCAGUGUUCACACGCAGCUGUCUCUGCGUACAGGCAAGUCCAAAAACGGAAUCCAGAUCUGCUCAGGCAGUGGGAGUAUUGCGGGCAGCCCAAAGUGGUUGUCAAAGCGCCAGAUGAGGACUGCAUUAUUGACCUGCUGACACAUGCAAAGGAACUUGGGCUGACCGUGAGUUUGAUCCAGGAUGCUGGUCGUACACAGAUAGCACCAGGGUCACGCACCGUCCUCGGCAUUGGACCAGGCUUAGGAAAAUUAGUGGACAAAGUUACAGGGCAUUUGAAACUUUAUUGAAGUAUUGGUGCUACAGUCAAGUGGGCAGUUAAAAGGACAUCCAAGUCUCAAACCUGCAGUGUUCUUGACAGUCAGUGGAUCCCAACCCAUUGACUCCACGACCUUGUUUUCAAGUCAAUCCAUAGUGAACGGUGUUGUGUGAUGCUCGUAUUUCUUAUGUUAACAAGACUGGAGUAAAUGGAGGCGGCAGAGGAGGUAUUGCAGAUUGUCAUUGGCUGUAGCUCACUCUGCCAACAAAAAUGGAGCACAUGCAGAGUGCUGGUGAUACCCAAAUGUGCAGAGGUUCUGCUGGGGUUUCUAAUUGAAAACCUUCACCUGACUGGGGGUAACUCAGUGAGUGCUGACAAGUGGAAGUACACUCCUCAACUGAGCUUCUGAGCCCUAAGUAUUUUGCUAAGGAACAUUAAUAAUGUAUCGGCAUCAGCAAAGCUGUAAAUGGAGGGCUGUUUCUUGCCUCUUCCUCCCCUUUCAAACUUUUUACCAUGGGAAGGAUACCAUGAUGUAUGCAGUAUUCCUAGAAAUAUGCAAGUUCCAAAAUGGAUUGAAACCAGCUUGUAAGGUUGACAAAUGGGAUGUACUGAACAUCUAGUAUUUUCUGUUGACACUACUGACCCUCCUUAAUUAAAGAAAAAAUCUGCACAUCUUUCCUAAUCGGAACCCAGUCUGAUAAAACACCACAGACUCAGAUAGCACGCUAUCAGGCCUGUAUAUUUAAUUAAUGCAAAUUCUGGAAACUUAACUGUGUUUGGCUUUUUUUUUUGGUGGGGGGGCAACAAAAUCUACUCACGACUGCCUUCAUUCAUAUUAAAGAAUCACAGCCUCACAAACUACUUCAUUAAUGUGUCAGUUUAAUAUUUCUUUUAAUUUGCACUUAAACAUAAUGGCUUACCUCAAGUUGGUACAGUUUCUAUGUGACGAUCUGGCAUGGAGCAGCAAAAUGUUUGUGUUGUGUGAUGUAAUCCUAUCUGUUGUGAUUUCAGAAAUUAUCCACUUAUCAGACUCCAGUGUCUAUAUUCUGUCACCUGUAUUUGUGACUAUGAUAUGUUGCAAUAUGUCAUCAACAUAGCAACAGACUUAAACAACUGUAGACCAUGUCACGUAGUACCAGGCCCAGUGAUCUAACAAAUUAUGCAACGUUGUUCAAACAAUGGAUGAAAUAACUUGGGGCCUCUUUCUCCACGAUCAGUCAAAUCAUUCAACUGCUAUUCUCCUGUCUCCCAUAAGUACAAGGAGUUUAUACCUUGGGUUAUUGAAUGAUUUCAAUUCCAUUCAUUUAGUUGUCACGUCUGUCUCUCCUGUCAAGCCAAAACAUUUCAAGGUCUCCAGCCCUUCCCCACCCCUAAAGCCUGUCUUGAAUUUGCAUUUCUCAUUCUUCAUGAGAACUUCUUUCCACCAAAUUACUAGCCAAAUUCCAUUGCUGUCUCAUUCUAGUUGAUACUCUGAAAGGUUCUCCCUUCUAUGGCACGUCCACAUCUCUUUCAAAAGUGUUGCCACCGCUCCCUCCUCAGACAUCCACAGUGAGUGAAAACUACUGCUCUGUCUUGUUGUCUGAAACCCCAUGUCCAUCUUUACUGCGAUACUGUUUAAAUUCUGCAGUUGGGUUUUUGCUCCUGCCAUCACACUGAAGUUACCCUAAUCAAAGCCACGUGUAUCCUCGGUGACUGCAACCUUCCAUUGUUCACCCUUCAGGUUAGCCAUCUGAAUUUUCAUGCAAGUCGAUAUGCCUGCUGUUAGUGAGACAGCAGUUAAGGCAGAUUACUAGUGGUUUAUGCAAUCCUUACCCCUCACCCCAACCCUGAAUUGGUGCAGUCUCUGUACGAUGGUCUUGUUAGCCAGUCCCCACCACUUUACAAAUAAUCCACGUUUAAACUAUCUGAUCAGGCAAAAGCCAUUGUCCAUUUGUGUUAAUGUCUUAAAAUGUAUUGUAGAAUCUUAAGUGAACUGUUUAUCUCAGGCAAAAAUGCUACAUCUAUUCAUUUGUUGAGCAUGCAGUCAUAAAGGUCCAUCAGUUUGCUGCCCUGAAAUGGUUAAUGUGUGACAUUGCAUCAAAUGUUAAUUACUCUCCGUGUGAAACUUUUCGAUUCUCAGCUUCUGCUGUUGAUAAAGUUGGUUUCAAAACUUGUUAACUUAUUACUUCACUGGUUUCUUCUCCCUGCUGCACAAAUAAACCAGAUAAGGGAAUGCAACAUUUUCUCCUAUCAAGAGUCUGUACAAGAUUUUUUUUACAGAAUAAACACCUUCUGCUCUACCUGACAAGAGCCCCAGCUCCAACCUCAGAAGUACCUACUAUUGUGUUGCCUCAGAUUAAGAAACUGGUUAAUCAUGCCCAAG